AUGAGUCACCCAACAGAGAUGAAGGGUGGUCCGUUGGAGGACGAUGAUGCGCAGCUGGCGGCCAUGGGCCAUAAGCCAGAGUUGAAGCGACAAUACUCUAUGUGGUCGAUGCUGGGACUGGCUUUCGCGGUGCUUAAUUCAUGGACUGCACUUUCUGCUAGCUUGUCGAUUAGUCUCACGUCCGGAGGAAGUACAAGUGUUAUUUGGGGUCUCGUCACGGCUGGAUUUUGCAACUUGUGUAUUGCCGCCUCGCUGGCGGAGUUUCUCUCUGCUUAUCCCACCGCCGGUGGUCAGUAUCACUGGGUCGCCGUCAUCGCUUGGCCAAAAUGGGUGCCUAUUCUCUCGUGGAUCACGGGUUGGAUCAAUGUGGCUGGUUGGGUCGCUCUUGUGGCUACCAACUCGCUCCUGUCGAGUCAACUCAUCGUCGGGUGUAUCUCGGCCAUGCAUCCAACUUACGUGGCACAGCGAUGGCACCAAUUCCUCAUUUAUAUCGGACUGACACUAGGAGCAUUUGUGAUCAACGCAUUCAUGAACUCCAUUCUGCCGAUGAUUUACCGCGGUGCCUUUUCUUGGUCGAUUGGUGGAUUCGCGAUCGUGUCCAUUACCGUUCUUGCUUGCGCUUCGCCUAACUUCAACUCGGCCUACUUUGUGUUCUGCAACUUCGUGAACAGCACCGGAUGGCCUGAUGGUGUUGCAUGGAUGCUGGGACUGCUUCAAGGAGGACUUGGUGUUACUGCUUUUGAUGCUGUGGUGCAUAUGAUUGAGGAGGUUCCAAACCCAUCUAUUGAAGGACCCAAGAUCAUGGUCUCGUGCGUGGGUAUCGGUACUUUCACUGGUUCUAUCUUCUUGAUUGUCCUUCUCUUUGUGGCAGGCAACAUGGAUCAAGUCACUACCUCUGCUGCUGGUCCUCUCUUGCAGAUUCUCAUUGAUGCCACCAAGAAUACCGCCGGUGCAAUCUGCCUGUUGAUGCUCCCUCUCGUGUGCUUGAUCCUCGCCAUUCUCAGUGUGAUGACCACUAGCAGCCGGAUGAUUUUCGCUUUCGCGCGUGAUGGCGGCCUUCCUGCAUCUCGAUUCUUCGCCCAGGUCCACCCGACGCUCAAGCUGCCCUUGAACGCCCUUAUCUUAACCGUCGUCGUUGUCAUUAUUUUCGGCUGCAUCUUCUUGGGAUCGUCCAGUGCAUUCAACGCGAUCAUUUCUGCCGCGGUCGUUGCUCUCGAUCUCUCCUACGCCAUGCCCAUCCUUGUCAACUGUCUGCAGGGUCGCAGAGCCCUCCCGGAAAGGAAGUGGAAGAUCCCUAACGCCGUCGGAUGGUUCAUCGAUUUGAUCUCUCUCGCAUAUAUUGCUCUCACUACCGUACUAUUCGUUUUCCCUCCGUACCAAGAUGUGACUGGCAGCAAUAUGAACUACGCUGUUGCUGCGUUCGCGGUUAUCAUCAUCAUCUCCGUUUUCCAGUGGUUUAUCGAUGGUCGUAAGAACUUUACCGGUCCUCGCAUUGAUGUUACCAUCGAUGCGUUGGACACCGCGCACACUCACGAGGAAGAGCCUGCUAUCCACGAGAAAUGA